GUAUGCCCAGAGUAUUUAUUCCCCCGAUACGUCGGUCUUCAGCGAUCGAAAAAAAUAUACACAUACGUGGGGGAAAGAUCCACAUUUCUGCAUAUCAUUCAUUCCUUAAUUUAUGUUCAUUGAAACGUGUGAGCCAAGUCUGCAUCUUGUCUCAUGUACGCGCUGAGACCAGAUCAUCGUUGCAUUGGCGUUGGGAGACACAGCCACCGGGCCGCUAAGUUGGCGCCUUCGUCCCUCCACAAGCUCUCCGGCUGAUUCUCCAUAUUUUUUGCCCCUUUACUGCCUAGAAAGCUCAUGACUAUGUGCAAUUGGACCCUGUUGUAUAUUCCUUCCAACAAAUGUAGAUAUCUAUGACUCGAUGGCCAUGGAGGAGGAUGUUCGGCUGCCCAGUGCUGAGCAGCUUGAUUACGACCGUGAGCAGCUAGACUCCAGCCAACAACAGAACGGCUCGCUUGCAAAGAGCCAAUCGCGGCCAGGUGAGCUGAUCUCAUCUCUCUUCAGCAGUUUACCUCGCACGGUAAUUGAGCACAUUCUAUAUGUCGUCGACGCAAAUACUUUCGCGUCUUUAGCGCUCUUGAACCGGAAAUGGAGGCGUAUCUCAGAUUCGCCUAUGUUAUACGCUCAUCAUCUAUCUCGCUGUCCAUCUUUCUCAUUGACAGCAAAAGCUACUUCAGAUGAAGUCUCUCUGGAUGACCUUGCCAUUCUCAAGUUUAGGUUUGGCGCGGAAAUAAGACGCAAUGCCUUUGAGGUCUUCCUCAGGCCCCGCCAAACCUUGGUGAAGCUUAUCUCGACCUCAAUGAGUUCCUCAACCGCUUUCCCACAAGGAGAAGCCUUUCGCUUUACUUUCUCACCCAGUGCUCAGUUGGUACUUUGCAUAAGCUCCUCAAGGAUCGUCGUCCUCGAUGUGGCAUCUGGCUCAGCAAUAGUGAGACAUGAACUCAAAACUUGGAGGCGUCCGCUGAAUGCUACCAUCUUAGACGAUGGAUCGCUUCUUGCCGUUGUGUCGUCUAGCCAUCAAGUCAAUAUAUACAACUUGUCAAACGAAGACGCAAGGCACGUUCAGAACCUCAAACUAAAUGACGUUCCACAGGCUCUGGCACUGUCUCCAACAGGCGGUGUUCUUGCCAUCGCGUACAGCGAUAGAAUCGAAGUAUACGCCAUUGGAGAAGGAGCACUCGCAACCGAACGAAGGGCUGUACGCUGCGCUGGCGUGGAUUCGAUUACAUUCUCUUCAGACGGAGCCAUGCUGCUCGGUUCGUCGGGCGAUAGCCAGAAUACCAGUUUGGUCAUUAUUACGGUGCCUUUUUAUACAGAAGCCGUCAUCGAUACCUCUGCAAGAGAGGCCCAGACGCGCAUGUGGACCACUCAAAUUCUGUUUCCCGAAAUCAUACAUGGCUACAGUCAUGCUUGUCUACUCCCACUACACGCAGAAGGUGACGGUAGUUGGAUUUUGGGGUUUGACAAAGAGUGCGCAGCAUUCAGAGCGAUUGGAGCCAACAAUGUAAAUUCCGGUACGGUAUACCUUGUGAGUCCAAUGUCUGGAAGUGAGCCGCAGGAGUCUCCGCCAAUUAUGCUACCUACGGUCGAUUGUAGUGGGGAGCUUGCUGCCCUGGGUUUCCAAGAUUCCGGUCUUUGGGUGUAUGGCAUACCAGACCGUCUUGAUAUUGCUCCAUCAAAUACUUUUACGGCAGCACAUGGUGUCGCAGACAUUGGUUCAAGUCACGAAUCGGAUGGGCAGAUGCCCCUACCAAGUAAUGCGCAACGACUGCAGCACUCUAUCACCAAGCCAAAAAUGCUUAUCAGUGGUCAUAAAAUGAGCGAUAUGCCGGGGAUUUCUGCGGCUUGCUGGGUGCGACAAGCUGAUACCUCGGAUGACCAUCGUAGGCUGGUGGCUGUCGCACCUGGCGGCAUUAGCCCACCCACAAUUGGUGAAGAAGAUGUUCCGGUUGACGGGGGGCGAGUGCUACUUCUGGAUUUUGAGCGAUCUACUAAAGAUGGAGAUUUUACAGAGAUUAGCAUCGAAAUUGGCGAGACGGAUCCUAAGAUGCUCCAUGAACCAAACAUUAGCCUGGAUACUGAGGUCGAGCUAGAAAGGAGAAGAACCCGCUUGCACCGCGGGAGCUCUUCCUUCCGGGCCAGAGCUCUUGCGCGCGAAUCGUACCCAGCGGCUAUUUCGAUAAGCCAGUCACCACCGUUGGUUAUUCGUCGAAAUAGUUCUUACUUCUCCAGUUCUUCGAAUGAUAUGGUUGAUGGUGAGACAUCACCUAUUCCGGACACCCCAUACGAUAACACACAGCCGCGGUCCCGAGAUACACUACGUCGUGCUGCCACCGCUGCGGCUACCAGUCGUACCCGAUAUAACCCACGGCAUCGAGACGAACCGCGGCGUGGUUUUGAUUCGAGGCCGGUACCUCCGAUCUUCCAGGUUCCUCAUGAAAGCGAUGCUGAUAAUUGGGUUCCUCCUCCACCCCCCUAUAGUCGCGAACCUGAUGCGCCACUUCCCGAGUAUCUAAGAAGAACUCUUCUUCCCACAAGGACGGAACCUGUACAAAGAGUCAGCGAUGCACCGUGUCAAGUUCAAAGGGCCCAUACCACUCGUUUAGAGAACAUGGCCGAGGAGCCUUCGCCUCCGACUCCCCUUCAAAGGCUGAAUACCAUCAGUGGGUCCAGAUUAGCGUCUCUGGUGCGGUGGAAUACUAGGGCUUCAGAGGACUCCGACCCCAGCCGAAGACAAGGCAAUUUACUCCGGAGAGGAACUACUUCGAAUCAUCCGUACUCCCAAAGCAUCGACGUGCCCAGCGUGCCGCCAGUGCCACUGCAGCUACAACUGCAAACCACUAUCAAUUCCCAGGAGAUCGAUCCAAACAUUGCAGGCACCCUUGACGUAGUAAAUCCCAGUUUACCUGCAGCUGCCGCGGCGAUGCCCCUAUCAUCCCCCGCGCAGCAAGCAUCGCUUCAAGAAACCCAACCCGAGUCUGCGGCCAAUCUAGGAGAUGCUCUAGAGUGGCAGGACUCUGUGCCUGAAAUCCCAGAUAUGCUGCCUAACCUGAAUUAUCCCUAUUCCCUCUCAUCACCUAACUUACAAGUUACCGACGCCUCUCCGGAGGUGUCCCAGCAUUCCUGGCUACGUACCGGGUAUCACAGAUCGAUGAGUCGGCGCCCGCAAUCGCAGGAUAUUCGUCAGACGACGCAAACCAUACAACCCCUAAAUCGCCGGGCCUCCACCGACCCGACACUCUCCACAAGCUCCCAACCGUCAAACGACCUCUGGAGGCGGCGGAUUGAGGAGUGGAACGAGCGCACUAUUUACGAAAGAAGUAGAAAAAGAAAUAAGUGUAUAGUGAUGUAAAUGACGUCGUCCCGUUGAAUGGUUACUUCAUAGCAAUUGGUUCCGGUGUUUCUCUCCAUUUUUUCCUCACUUUUCCGCCUUCCCUCCCUCCCUCUCUCUCUUCUCAUUUCGUAUUCCUAAAAUUAGAUAUACCCACGUUGUUCGGAAUCAAGACGUACAGCGCAGCGCAGUUUAAAACGCGUGUACUAUGCUGGCCUCUACCACGAACCAUUGAAUUACAUGACUCUAGGCUUAUACCAUUUCCAUUAACUAGUACUACCCUAGCGGGAAUCUAGCAGAUAGCAGAGUGGGCGUCUAAAACAAGAACAUCCAUCAAUCAUUACUUAUCUUCCUUUCCCAGAGCCUUGUCCAGACUCGCCUUGGCGUUAUCGGCAGCGGAGGAUGCCUGGUCUUUACCCUUGUUCAGGAUGUCACCGGCGGAUUCCGAUGGCUUUUCUGUUACAACGGAUAAGCAUCAUAUGGUGAAGGGAGAGCAGUGCCCCAGCUCCUCCAAGU